ACAUGAAAAUGAAAAUAGCGGAAGGUAAAUUUCAUGAAGAAAAACUUAAAUUACAGCAGAAGCAUGAUACUGACGUUCAAAAGAUUUUGGAUAGAAAGAAUGAUGAAAUAGAGGUAUUGAAGUCCCUCUACAAAAACAAACAAAAUGAAGCUGAGGAGACGAUUAGAAAACUGGAGAAAAAAGUUCAGACCCUUGUUCGUGAGUCACAAGUCGUGAGAGAAGCAAAAGAGAAGCAGAUUGUGGAGUUAAAGAAGAUGUGUGAGCAAAGCAAUGAUUCUUUGAACAAUGAGUGGGAGAAAAGGCUUCACAAUGCUGUGGCUGAGAUGGAGAAGGAGAAGUUUAAUAUUCGGAAGAAGCACACAGAAGAUAUGCAGGAACUGCUUGAGGAUACCAAUGCUCGUCUUAGCAAAAUGGAGGAGGAUUAUUUGGAACAGAUAAAGUCAACUAACCAGACGGUUAAAAAACUGGAGGCUCGUGUCCAGCAGUUGACUGUUGAAGCUGAAAAUAGUAAUUUACAGCGUCAAAAAUUAUCUCAAGAAAAGACUGAUGCAGAACAACGUUACCAGGCGGUAUGCUCUGAACUUCAGGAAAUGAAAACAAGGCACAGCUCACUUCAGAAAGACAAGGACCAUAUUAUACAGGAAUAUGAGGAGAACGUCCAGCAACUACAAAGUAAAUAUGAUGUUGAUAUAAAUUUUAUAAAGCAGGAACAUGCUCUUUCUGCAGCUAAGGCAUCUGAUGCGAUUAAAGAAUUACAGCAUAGUGUGUCUCUAUUAAAACAACAGUUACAUGAUUCAGAACAUCAAAGACAGCAACAGCUGAGGGAUCAAGAAUACAAGCUUCAACAGGACAAACUUCACUUGGAGCGUGUAUAUGAAAAACAGAUUCAUGGCAUCCGGAAUGAUGUUGAUAAAGAAAGAGGGGAUGCUCAAAAGAAAAUUCGCAAACUGGAAGAGACUUUGAAGGAGAAGGAGGAGCAGCUGACUCGGGUGACAGAGGUACAGAGGCUGCAAGCCCAGCAGGCAGAUGCUGCCCUGGAGGAGUUUAAGCGGCAGGUGGAGCUGAACUCAGAAAAAGUCUAUGCUGAGAUGAAACAGCAGAUGGAGAAGGUUGAAGCAGAUCUAAGCAGAUCAAAAUCGCUCCGGGAAAAGCAAUCGAAAGAAUUCUCCUGGCAAUUGGAAGAGCUCAAGCAAAGAUAUGAGCAACAGAUAGUGGAGCUGAAGCUGGAGCAUGAACAGGAGAAGACGCACCUAUUCCAGCAGCACAACGCAGAGAAGGACUGCCUGGUCCGAGACCAUGAACGGGAAAUCGAGAAACUGGAAAAACAGCUUCGCGCUGCCAUGGCAGAGCACGAGAGUAAAACUCAAGAAUGCAGGAAACGAGACGGACAGGUUAUCUGUGAUAUGGAGAACCAAAUCCACAAGCUGAGGGAAGAGCUUCUUCAGGUGAAUGCUCAGCGGAAGCAGCAGCUGCUGGAGCUGAGCCAUCAGUGGGACGAGGAGAAGCAGAGGGCAGCUCGAGACCAUGAGACAGCCGUGAAUAAGCUGAAAGUGGAGGCAGAAAAAAUGACAUUAGACUUGAAAAAGAUACAUGCGGCAGAAACAGAGGUGGCCUUGGACAAGGCAAACAGCCGGCUGAAGCAGACUGAGAAGGAGUACAGUCAGAAGCUGGCUAAAUCCUCGCAGAUCAUAGCUGAACUUAAGACAACCAUUUCCUCUCUGACAGAGGAGAACAGCCGGCAGCAGCUUGCCACAGAGCAGCGGCUCCAGGAAGUUGUACAAAAAUUUGAAGAUAAGAAGCAGCAGCUGAUUACAGAUAAUGACAGAGCAAUCAAGGCCUUGCAGGAUGAAGUGGAAAAUUACCGCAUUCAGGCGCGGGCUGCAGAGAAGAAGCUGCAACUCAGGGAGCUGGAGACCCACGAGCAGAUGACCCAUAUACGACAAGAAUAUGAAACUACACUCAAAGGUCUGAUGCCAGCAUCUUUGAGACAGGAACUUGAAGACACCAUUGUAUCUUUAAAAUCUCAGGUAAAUAUUCUGCAGAAAAGAGUCUCUGUCCUCCAGGAAGAGCUGAACGCCUACCACGCCAGAAGGUAGCCGGAGCUGUUGGAUUUCUGCAAUUGCCAAAUGGACUGCUUUGAAUAGGUUUGAAGAUUUGGCUCUUGUAAAUUAAAAUGCAAAGAUCAGUGGCUGUUUUGUUAGCACAUAAAAUGUAAUGAAGUUCAUGAAAACACAUCCAUUGCUCGUGCCAGCAUGUUUUUAGUUGUAUCUUCCUUCCAUUAUUUUUUUUAUCAUUAUCUUAUUACAGACUUACACUUUCAAUAUACUGUGUGUUUGACUGUGUGCUGAGCUUGCUUACUGAGCGAGUAGAGUUUCCUUUACUAAUAUUUUUGUUAUUACUUCCCAGUACCAUUCUCUUCACUUUUAUACAUGAAGAAAAUCCCAUUUUCUAUUAUUAUUGUCCAAGAUAUUUUAACAUAUUUUGACAUUGUUUUGUGUCCAUGUGUUUACAUAAUAUUAAAAUAUUAUU